GAAAUGACCAUCAGCAUCCUACUCUACUCGGUAAUCACAGACAUCUCUGUGGUUAUUUAAAUAAUAAAAAACACAACAAAGAAUACGCUUAAGUAUGUUAAAGCUUCAGCUUUGGCUAAGUUUAUGGGAUCAUCCUUUGGUCAAAUUAAAAAAAAAAAAAAAAGCCGAGGUUAUUCACCCCGGUUCCAACGCGAAGGUAUUUUCAAAGACGUGCUUUUUUUGCUUACGGCUUCUACUUUUACUCUAUGUCAUAGCCCUUUUUUGCGGGAUAUUACUCUUUAGUCAUGAACUAUUCGUCCAAUCCUUUAGUCAUGAACUACUCGUCCAAUCCUUUAAUAAUGAACUAUCGUCCACUUCUCUAAGCUUUCAUGAAGCAAGGAAAAAAGAAAAAAAAAACAUUCGCAAUCAUGAAAAAAAAUUUAUACUCUUCAUUUCAUGAUUAAGAGUAAGGGCCAAUAGCGAUUAAGAAUUAUAUAAAGAGUCACAAUU